AUGGAUAAACUUCUUCAAUAUUGUAGGUUGGCUAUCUACUUUGUUGACUAUUCUGUUAUUCCUUCAGAUAAAACAAUACCUUUCUAACCCCUUGGAAGGUAAUUAUUUUGGAUCUAUGGACCAGAGUUUACAAAAUAAAUAGAUAUUAAUUUUAGGUUCACUUACUUGAAUAUUUGUUACUGUUUAAUGGGAACUGAUAUUAAAACAACGAAUGUGCUGACACUCAGCUGUAAAAGAGAAUAGAUUUCACCUAAAUCAGGAAAUCUUCUCUAUGAUUGUUUUAUUUUAUUUGAAAAAAAUGUAGAUAAUUUAACAACAGAUCUUUAUUAAAAGGUUGAUAGAUUAAAAUCCUAACUUGUUGAUGUAUUUAAUAUAUUUUUUACAGUGGAAGCUAUAAUUUGCAGACCUUUAUCUCAAAUAGAAUUAGAUUCAAAGCUAAUAAACAGAUUAUUUAAUUUUGAAGACCCAACUUAUAAAUCUGAUAAGAAAAAUAGAACAAAAAUAGAAAUUCAGAAGACAGUGAAAAGAAAAAAGAAAUUUAUACCAAAGCAUCCUAUUAAAUGUUGA